AUACAGUGCACACGUGUGUAGGCCCCAUGCGCGACGUAUGUCUACGUUUAGUAUCAAGAUAAGCACGGCGUUAGCAGCUGCUUUUCGUUUACAACAGCUCCAAAAAGUGCUUUUACCUGUGGCAACAACGUCAAUUAGAAAUCUACACAGACAUAGCACCAUGUCUUAUCAACUUGAAGAGAGAGGGACACCUAAUACUUUAGAUUACAGAAUCUAUUAUAAAAAAGAUGGAGUGGCAGUUUCACCAUUUCAUGAUAUACCUUGGAAAUCUAGCACUUCACCAUUGGUAUACAAUAUGGUAGUAGAAGUGCCUAGAUGGAGCAACAGCAAAAUGGAAAUUGCUACAACAGAGCAACUCAAUCCAAUCAAGCAAGAUGUUAAAAAAGGAAAUCUGAGAUACGUUGCAAAUACAUACCCAUACAAAGGGUAUAUAUGGAACUAUGGGGCCAUUCCACAGACGUGGGAGAAUCCGAACCACACUGAUAGCAACACUGGACAAACCGGUGACAACGAUCCAAUUGAUGUAUGUGAGAUUGGGUCGAGGGUUUGUGAAAGAGGGGAAAUUAUUCAGGUCAAAGUACUUGGCGUACUAGCGAUGAUUGAUGAAGGGGAAACUGAUUGGAAAAUUAUCGCAAUUGAUGUUAAUGACCCAGAUGCGGCUAAAUUGAAUGACAUAUCCGACAUAGAAGCGAUUAAACCUGGUUACUUAGACGAUACACGAAAUUGGUUCCGUGUUUAUAAAGUAGCUGACGGCAAACCAUUCAACAGUUUUGCUUUUGAUGGCCAGUUCAAAAACCGCGAGUUUGCUGAAGGCAUUAUCGCCGAAACGAACCAAUUUUGGAACGAAUUAAUUGCUGGGACAGUAACGUCGAACCUAGAUAUUACAAAUACUACCUGUACCGAUAGUCCUAACAAGAUAACUGCAGCUGCGGCAAAUGAAGUUAUUCAAUCAAAACCGGUCCUGAGCCGUUCUGUUCCUAUUACCGAUAAAAAAGCCACUGCCUGGUUCUACCUACCAAGAGAAUAAAAACAGAAAAUGUUUUCUAACUCACAAAUCGUGUUGCUAACAAUCCUAUAAUUAUUGUCUGUAUUUUGGAAAAGUGCAGUAAUUGGCGUUCCAAAAGUUAUAGUACUAAAUUGUGUUGUGUAUUAGUAGCAAUUUUUAGGGUGUAGCGCGGUACUAUGUAGUAAUUGUUAAUUUUGACUCUAAAAUUUAAACAAAUAUAUUUAAUCAAAUUUAAA